CUAACUACAUUUCCAUUUUACAUACUCAACUUCCGACCAAACCCAAAGUACAUAUCCAUUCAUUACUAACUUAUUGCGCUUACAAUAAAAAUAUUGCUUACUCAUUUCUUUGCUGCUGGUAAAAAAAAAUUUAAGAAAUUGGUUUAGAUAUGGAUAAGAAGUGUUCCGUGCUGCAAGUGCUCUUGGUGCUUGGUGCGUUCGUGGCAACUUUUGCUGACCCACAGCAGCAGCCGUACCCACCACAGCAACAAUACCCUCAACCACAAUAUCCUCCGCAACAAUACCCCCCACAACAAUACCCUCAGUACCCUCAGCAACAAUAUCCACAACCUCAAUACCCACUGCAAGGACAGGGCGGACAGGUGCCAUACCCACCACAAGUGCAACAACCUGCAGCUGUACCACCCCACGAAGGGAGGAGUUGUGUCAGCAAUUUUGAAUGCGAUGGAGGCAACACGGUGCUAACUUGCGACAAGGGAAAGUGCAUAUGUCCAGCUCGUCCCCAAAUACAUUGGACACGAGGAACGCAUCAGCUGAACACCGUGUGGGACUCCACCCUUCGAAAAUGUCUGAGCAUCAGGAAUUCUGCCUGUGACAUCCACAACCCAAAGACCGUGUUCUGCACUCAAGGUCUGGUGUGUCGACCGGGAGCAACGAAGGAUGGGUUUGGCCUCUGUAUGAAUAAAGUCAAUAAACUGAACGUUGGUUAUACAACAAUUAUUUUCGGUAUGCUUAUCUCAUACUGGUUUAGAGCUACUGCUAUUUAGAAGGAAUGGACUUGUGUAUUUAAUGAUUAUAUUGAAUCCGAAAUUGAUGGAAUGUACAAUAAAAACUAUAACGUUGUUUAGGGCCCA